ACUAGUCACAUCAAACUAUUCUGAGUACACAUUAUAUUCUUAUCUGACCAACAUUACUCGUUAGCGAUGUUCAAUACCUAUUAUACAAAAUGCAUAUUAUAUCUACGUCAUCUAUCUCGUACGUAAGUCGUUUUACAGUAUGAGCUCAGUUUAAACGUGACCACAACAACGUAAUCGACUAUUACAUUAUUAAGAAACUGUACACAAUAUACACCUUAUACCUAUAGUUGGCACGCGGCAAGUUGACACGCUGCCAGCAACCAUGGUUAACACCAUUGUAACGUAUUAUUUGCUCGUCGCGGCCACCGUGACCGCGUAUUACCACGCGUCCGCGGCUCGCAUACUCGGAGUGUUCCCGCACUACGGGUACAGCCAUCACAUGGUGUUCUUGCCUUACCUGCGGACACUGGCAGACCGCGGACACGACGUGCACGUUAUCAGCAACUUUGAUUCGUCGCAUCCGAACAUCACCGACAUCAGUGUCGAGGGCUCUAUGCCCAUGUUCAACAACAACGUCACUUUACCGGACAAUGCCGGGCACUUCGGCAUUGUCAGCGCGUUAACGAACAUGUUCAUACUGUACGGCUUAGCCAAGACAACGGAAGCCGUGUUCGACGCACCGGCCGUCCGGAGUCUACUCGACCACCACACCGCGUCGUUCGACUUGGUUAUCGCCGAACAUUUCAACAGCGAGCUGCCGCUUGGUUUCGCCGCAAAAUACCGCGUGCCGUUCAUUUUGCUCAGUAGCUGUCCGCUGACGCCGUGGACCAUGUCCCUGGUCGGCCAGCCGCAACAGAUAGCGUACAAGCCGUCCGUGUCUAGCGGCCUGCCGGAACGCAUGGACCUCGGCCAGCGGCUGACCAACACGGCCGUAGCGGUCGUGUCCGCUGCCAUGUUUCGGUUGAUGAACCGGCCCUGGAGCCAGAGGACGCUGAGAAAACGCUUGGGCCUGGACGUAUCCCUGGACGAGUUGGCGUCCAACGUCAGUCUGGUGUUGGUCAACACGCACUGGUCCUUAAACGGGGUAUCGCCGGCCAUGGCUGCUGUAAAGGAGAUCGGCGUACACGUCAUACCACCUAAACAACUGCCAGUCGACAUUCAGAAAUAUAUUGACGAAGCUGAGAAUGGAGUCAUUUAUUUCUGCAUGGGUAGUUUAUUAAGGGGUGAAACUUUUUCGGCCGAAAAAAGACAGAUGUUCUUAAAUGUCUUUAAUAAAAUUCCACAACGAGUUCUGUGGAAAUGGGAAGGUGACCUACCCGGAAAACCAUCCAAUGUAAUGAUUCGCAAAUGGAUGCCUCAACGAGAUAUUUUAGCCCACCCUAAUGUUAAACUAUUUAUAUCGCAUGGUGGCCUAUUGGGAACUACUGAAGCUGUGUAUGAAGGUGUUCCAAUAUUAUCAAUGCCAAUUUUUGGUGAUCAAAUGACAAAUAUCAAAGCUGUUGUAAGUAAAGGAGCUGCAGAGAUGAUGAAUUAUGGAGAUUUGAAUGAAGAUGAAAUUUUUAUAAAAAUAACAUCCAUGCUUACAAAUCCUAAAUACAGACUAAAGGCUAAACAGUUAUCAGAAGCUUUUCGUGAUCGGCCUAUGUCUCCUUUAGAAACUGCAGUGUAUUGGACAGAAUAUGUCAUCCGACACAAAGGGGCGCCGCAACUUCGGUCUGCCGCUGUCGGUAUGCCAUGGUACCAAUACUAUUUAAUCGACGUACUAGUUGUAAUUUUCUUAACUGUAACAACAAGUUUUGUUUUACUAUAUUGCUUAAUUUUUAAAGUUCUUUUAAAAUUGUUGAAUAGAAAAUUUAAACAGAAAAAAUCUUAAUAAUUAAGUGAAUUUGACUUGAGUGUUAUUAAUAAAAUAUACUAAAACCUAUA